GAGUUUUCCUAAUCAUUCAGGGUCAUGCCUCAAAAGUUUGAUAAUCAGGGAGACUCGGAGCAUGCCUUUAACAUACAUAUUCAAGGCGAAAUUAAAGUUGCUAACAGAGCUUUGGAUAGAAGGAAUAUAUGAUCUGAAAUAUCUCCCAAAUUGGUUAUUCUAUAACAAUCCCAAUCUCUUGGAGUUAAGUAUAAGAAAGUGUUUAAAUUUGAGAGAAUUACCGGAUGGUCUAGGCACCCUCAAUUCUUUGGAGAGGUUGAAUAUAAACUACUGCCCAAAUUUGGAACGAGUAGGAGAUAUUGGUGCAAAAGAAUCACAAGGAAGCCUUGCAUCUCUUAAAAGGUUGGAAAUUUGUGACUGCGAUGCGUUGAUGUAUUUUCCAUGUGAAAUGUUAGGAUCCUUGCUUGAGAAACUGGAGUUGAAGAAUUUAAGUAGCCUGAAGAAUCUACCCAGGAUAAUUGACUGUCUGACGAAAUUGGAUCGUCUACCAAAAUUUAAAAUUAUUGGUGUUCUUCAGUUUAUGGCCACUUAUUCUGGUGGUCAGUUAAUAAUAGAUGUUGGCAUGAAGGUAUCUAUGGAGACUGUUGAUGGCUUAUUGCAAAGAUGCAACUCCCACUCACUUGUGGAAUUAAAUUUGAAAGGGAGGGAAGGUUGGGGAAAUUUGCCAGAAUCAAUUCAACAUCUUACUGCUCUCUAUUAUUUUAAGUGGGAGGAUUUUGGAAUGGAAGAGUUGCCAGAAUGGUUGGGGAACCUCACAUCUCUAAGGGGAUUGCGUAUAAAAAAUUGCAAGAAGUUAAGGCGUCUACAUGCAUUGCGCGGCCUCACAUCCCUUCAAUGGUUAAAUAUUAAGGGCUGCCCAGAAAUAAGUAUUGAACAAGAAAGUGAUGCAGCUGAUUCCCAAUGGCCCAACAUUUCCCAUAUCCCCAACAUCAAGAUUGUUUAAGAGAGGAGGAGAAAACAUAUGAGUUUGAUGAGUGGGUGCCUCUGAAGUGUCCAUUUGAUUUGCUCAAACCUUUCUAUCUUCAUGUUUACUGGUAAGAAACCUCACAUUGCAAUUCUCUUUACUUUCUUUGCUUUUUUGUUGAAUAGGAUGUGGAUACCAAUGUGUUUCACACAUUUCUGCUCAUUUUCAGUUGUGGGAAUAGCGGGUCUUUUAUGCUGAGUUUGGAAAAUGCCUGUAACGCCCCGACUUUUUCUAUUCUUCUAAGUUUGACAGUGACAUCAAAUGUUUGGCCUUUCAUCUUUGUUUUACUUUUACAGUUUAUGGAGUGAUUUUUAUCGAAAA